GGUGGCGGCGGCGGCGGCGCGGAGCAGGUGGGGGCCGGGGCCGCGCAGGUCUCCAGGCAGGGCCUCGCUGCUGUGGUCCCCUCCCCUGCCGCAGGGCAGAGCCCGCGGCCUCCAGGAUGGCAAGGUGGCUGCCUCGCUCGGCCGACCUGACCCGCUUCUGCCAGAAACUCAACCGGGUGAAGACCUUGGAGGACGACAUGAUGGAGACAUCCUUCAACAGAUGCCUUUCCACCAUCGACUUGACGCUGCUGGGCAUCGGGGGCAUGGUGGGCUCCGGGCUGUAUGUCCUCACAGGCACUGUGGCCAAAGAGAUUGCUGGCCCCGCUGUCAUAGUCUCCUUCGUCAUCGCUGGCUUUGCUUCACUCCUGGCUGCUCUCUGCUACGCCGAGUUUGGAGCCAGGGUACCCAAGACGGGCUCUGCCUACAUGUUCACCUACGUGUCCGUGGGUGAGAUCUGGGCCUUCCUCAUCGGCUGGAACGUGCUCCUGGAGUACAUGAUCGGGGGAGCCGCGGUGGCCAGGGCCUGGAGCGGCUACCUGGACUCUAUCUUCAACCACAAGAUAAAGAACUUCACUGAGACCCACGUGGGCACCUGGCAGGUGCCGUUCCUGGCCCGCUACCCCGACUUUCUGGCAGCCGCCAUCCUGCUGGUAGCCACUGCCUUCAUCUCCUUUGGGGCCAAAGUGUCCUCCUGGCUCAACCACGUCUUCUCGGCCAUCAGCAUGGGUGUCAUCCUCUUCAUUCUCAUCAUGGGCUUCAUCCUCGCGCAGCCCAAGAACUGGAGUGCCCAGGAGGGCGGCUUUGCCCCGUACGGGCUGUCGGGCAUCAUGGCUGGCACGGCCACCUGCUUCUAUGCCUUCGUGGGCUUCGACGUCAUUGCGGCCUCCAGCGAAGAGGCCAGGAACCCGCAGAGGGCUGUCCCCAGGGCCAUCGCCUUCUCCCUGGGGCUGGCCACCGGCGCCUACAUCCUGGUGUCGGUGGUGCUGACGCUGAUGGUGCCCUGGCACACGCUGGACCCCGACUCUGCCCUGGCAGAUGCGUUUUACAGGAGGGGCUACGCCUGGGCAGGGUUCCUGGUGGCCGCUGGCUCCAUCUGUGCAAUGAACACCGUCCUGCUGAGCAACCUCUUCUCCCUGCCGCGCAUCGUCUACGCCAUGGCUGAGGACGGGCUCUUCUUUCGGGUCUUCUCCCAAGUGCAUCCCCGCACGCAGGUGCCUGUUGUCGGCAUCGUGGUCUUCGGACUGCUCAUGGCCCUGCUGGCCCUCGUCUUCGACCUGGAGGCCCUGGUGCAGUUCCUGUCCAUCGGCACACUGUUGGCCUACACCUUUGUGGCCGCUAGCAUCAUCGUCCUGCGCUUCCAGCAGCAGAAGGUGGAUGUCCCCGCGCCAGCGGCCGGUGGCCGGCCCAGCCCCGAUCCCCACGAGGGUCCUUCUGCCAGCGAGCUGAAGGAGUACGAGUCCUUCUCCGACAAGCUCCAGCUGGUGGACAGGGACAAGAGCAAAGAGCACCGGGAGCCAGGGCAGCUGAAGGCAGCUUUUGAGCCCUACCUGGAGUUCCUCAGCGACUUCUACCCAGGCGAGGUGGUCACGGUGGCCGUGGUGACCCUGAUGGUGUCCGCCGUCUGCCUCUGCUCCGUCUUGGCGUUCGGCAACACCCACCUCCACCUGCCCACCUGGAGCUACUCCCUGCUCCUGGUCCUCUUCAGCCUGGGCUUCCUGCUCAGCCUCCUCCUCAUCUGGGCGCACGAGCAGCAGCGUGGCACGCAGACCUUCCAGAUCCCCCUGGUACCCCUCUCCCCGGCACUGAGCAUCAUCCUCAAUAUCUAUCUGAUGCUGAAGCUCAGCUACAUGACGUGGCUCCGCUUUGCCAUCUGGCUGCUCUUAGGCCUGCUCGUCUACUUCGGCUACGGGAUCUGGCACAGCAAGGAGAACCUGCGGGAGCCCCGGCCGCAGCGCGUCAGCGCCCGCUACGUGGUGUUCCCCAGCGGCAGCCUGGAGGAGAGGGUGCAGGCGGUCCAGCCCAGCUCCCAGCCCGCUGCUGGACUGCCGGACACCGACACUGACGACUGCAAGAGAUGACACCCCAGGGGACGGGGGCCCCUGGCUCUGGGAGCAUCUGACCCCCUCUCCACGAUGAGGCCAGAGACCCCAUCUCCUCCUCCCGGUUCCUUCGACAGCAAAGCCACCGGGGCCGCCCUGGGCGUGCGGCUCCAUCUGGAGAUGAUGAAGAUGCUUGCCCUUCCCCACCUGCUCCCCACAGAUUGGGGAGGGGGGCUGGCUCUCUCCCUCCCCAUCCCCAGCACUCAGGAGCUGGGUCUCGUCCCCCUCAGCCCAGUGCCUGCCCUGCUCACAAGGAGCCACAUCCUCCCCACCUUCCCCCGACUGCAGCCAGGAGCUGUGCAGCAAAUCUCCUUUCCGCUGGCCUGUCUGCGCAGUCGGGGAUGCAGAGGGAUGCAGAAAGUCCCCGGGGAGCAGGGCAGGCAGCCCAGCGCUGCUCACCCUGGGUCUCGUCCUGGCUGCAGUGUGGGCUCUUGCUGCAGAGCCCCCCUGCCUCCUGCUGAGCCUGCCUGCGACAGGAGGCAGGCACCAAACAUGCUUCCCUGCUGUCACCCCUGUCAUCCCCGUCCCCAGGGCUGCUCUGCUAAAAGGCUGGGGCUGAGGGGGCCGAGAAGCAGCUGGGGACAUGAGGUGGAGGAGGGACAUGGCCAGAAUGAGUGGUUGGCCUGGGAGCCUGGGAAAGCUGGCGCGGGCUGGCGUGGCAGAAGCCCAGCUGCAUCUUCCCAGCUGCUGGCAUCGGCUGCUUCAGGGUGGGCUGGGGGCUGUGCCUGGCUGGAAGCCUGGCUGGAAGGUCAUGCAAGGGCCAGGCUCUUGCCCCAGGCUUCACGUGGGUGUGACUGCUCAGUUCCCCAGGUUUGUUGCCUUGUGCCUGGAGGUCCCCAGCAGCAUCCCUGGGCUGGGCUGCCUGGAGCCGGCUCCCCGCUUCCCCUGCACCCCAGCAGCACAGCCUGCACUGUCACCUGCCCUGGCAUGGGGGGGGGCUCAUCCCCCUGAGAUGCCUCUCCUGGGCUCUCUGUGGCUCACAACGGGAUCUCUGGGUGCUUUUUCAGUAUUUCCCCCUCCUUGGUGAGCACCCCUGUGCUCUGGGACUCACCCCAGCUGCCAUGGUGUUGGGAGGGGGGGUCCCCAGCAGCACUGCUGCAGCCACCCCUAGCUGGUUUGCCCAUGGGCAGCCCGAAGUGGAAGGGAAGGGGGUUUUAGCACGUUUUGGAAGAAAUAGGUGGAGGAAACAAUCAGUCGAGCGCGAGGAGGUUGCUGAACUGCCAGGCCUUGCAGCGUGGACACCCUGUUCCCUGCAGCCGUGCUGGAUGUGCAACGUCAUCUGCAUCCUGCCAGGAGCUGGGGACCACGGGCAAGCUGGUCCCAUUGCUUCUCGCUGGCCAGUCCCUGGGGGGGGUCUGGAGGGGCCACGGGGGGGUCUGUGCCCGAUACGCCGGCUCCCUGGUGAACCCCUCUGCCUGCCAGCGCUGCUCCGCAUCCCGCCUCGCCCCCCCGCUGCCGCUGCUGCCGACGGAGCAGCGCGUCCCCGCCGUGCUGUGGCCCUGCUUGGCACCUCUGUGUAGUGGCUUGUGAGCAACGGGCUGACUUGGUCACCCUCAUAAAUACCGGUUCUGUGA